GCCUUGGUUGAACAAUAGAGGCUUCACACGGAGCCGGUCUCGCAGGGGAGGAGGAAGGAGGCCGUUGGGUGUUUGAUAUUGCAACUCUCUGAAGCGAAGCAGCACCGGCCCAGCUCGGGUGGGGGGUUUCUGGUCCUCUUCGGUGGCUCUGGGGGAUCGGACUUCUCAAUCGUUGGGCUCGGAGAUGGGCGCGCGGAGGAGAACCCUCCUUCUGGGGUUUGUCGUGGCUCUCUUUCUUGGAGUCGCCAUCUAUUUCCGCCUCUGGGCCAUCGACAACGAGUCCUUCUCCGCCGACGAUCGGGAAGUCCUGAGGAAACAAUUUGAACGUGCCAAUCUGGAAGCUAUGGAUGAAUCUGCUGAAUGGAGAAUGAAAUAUGACGGGGAGGUCGAGAAGUGUAGGCUGUUUCAGGAUGAACUCUUGAAGGUUAAGGCCUCAUUAACAAGCGCCACUAAGAGGCUUGCCAUGCUGCAAAAGGAAAACAUGAGCCUGCAGAAGCAAUUGGAGUCCUUGAAACAACAAAUUGGAGCCAAGGAACAACAUUGCAACUGCAAUCAAUCCUCGACCCAGCACCAACAAUAAGCACUAUGUGUACUCCUAGCCAUUAAAGAUAUCAUAUCAUAUUCCAAUCCAAAAAAAAAAAAAAACGUGUCCAGUAUCUCAAGCACACCUCAUAAGAUCGAUAUCGUAUUUCCCAGUCUUUCAAGCUUGCCUCAUCUGAUCUUAUAGAACGUGAGCAGCUAUUAAAAUUUCCUUGGUGAAUUGUCGACCCUAACAGGACUGCCACGCUGUACUAGAACUCUAUAACAGAAAGUGUUCUGCUUCUAAAUUUGAACAUGCAGGCAUUACAAUUGUUCUCAGAUCUUUUUCGGCUGUUCUGUGCCGGUUGGAAAUGUUUGCUACAUAGAAGUACGCUGCAGAGGAGAGAUUGUGGUGCUUGUGAAAAUUCUGUAAUUUUGAAAGGAUCUGAGUGAGAUGCAACAGACGUGGGGGGCUUUAUUUAGCAGGUUCGCGGAUCGAUCAUCUCAUUGUGCCAUGCAAGAUCCAUGAACCUUCUUUUUUGAUUUGUAGAAAUUAAAGAAUUUAGUUGUAAUUCAAAAUUAUGGUUUGCCAA